CACCGGAUAUUACGUUAUCGCAACGCGUUAUUCUUGUACUCGCCACACUGACAACUGCUGCAAGAAUUACACUGUUCAUCAGUUCAUGUUGGGUGGAGGUAGGAAAGUUUCUGGAAGACUCUUCCAAUUCAGCUGUCUUGGCUGUAACAUCUCUUUCAAAACCAGCACAUUUUAUCAUAGUGCCAAGCUUCCUACUUCACAUCAUUGCUCUUUCCCAGUUUCACCUCAUUCCUUUCUCGCGUCUCCUUCGGAUUAUUCUUCUUUUCAACGCACUGUUCAACCAACAUCCUAUUUUCCUUUGAUCAGGUCAGAUAAAAUUAUUCGCUACUUUUCCUAUCUCACCCAUCCUGCUGAAGAAAUGGAUUUAAAGAAAGUGCUUGAUGUUCUAGAGCAGCUUGCUCCACUGUCUUUGGCUGAACCAUGGGAUAAUGUUGGCCUGUUGGUGGAGCCCAGCAAACCACGUCCCAUCAAAACAAUCCUGCUGACUAAUGACCUGACAGCGGCUGUUAUGGAUGAAGCUGCGAUGAUAAAUUGUGACCUGAUUAUUUCAUAUCACCCACCGCUUUUUCGACCUUUCAAGCGCUUGGUGCAGAAGGACUGGAAGCAGAAAUUGGCUGUCAGAGCAAUAGAGGGUGGCAUUGCAGUUUUUUCUCCACACACCUCAUGGGACAGCAUUAAAGGUGGUCUAAAUGAUUGGCUUGUUGAAGGAAUGGGAAGUGGGCAAGUAUCGGUAUUAAGACAAGCCUACUCUAGCGCUCAAGACAAACACAGACUUGAAUUCUCAUUGUUGAAUGAUGAAGAACUAGACAGCCUUUUGGCACAGCUCAGAUGCAUAGAGGGCAGUGAAACCUUUCAGUUAUCUACAGUAAAAAAUGAGGUUGGAGGACAGCAGGUAAAUCUAACCUGUCCAAGUUCAGCUUUAACUGCUGUUGUUCAGAAUUUGGUUUCAAAUCAACAUGCCAGCAAAUCUCUAAAUGUUACACAAGUCCAACAGCCUCCUUUGUUAGGCUGUGGUCAAGGACGACUUAGUGUUCUGCAUGAGCCGGCGGCUCUUGCUGUAGCAGUACAGAAAAUGAAAACUCAUCUUGGUUUACCCCACUUGAGACUUGCUCUGGGGGACCAGCAAACGUUAGAGUCUAUGGUGAAGACGGUUGCUGUAUGCGCAGGGUCUGGAGGUUCAGUCUUACAGGGUUCGAAAGCAGAUCUCUACAUCACAGGUGAGAUGUCCCAUCAUGAGGUUCUAGAUGCUGUUGCCAAAGGCACAAGUGUGAUUCUCAGUGACCAUAGCAACAGUGAAAGAGGCUACCUGUCCGUAUUCAAAGAGAAACUGAUGGAAAAACUGGGUCACACGGUUAGCGUAGUCAUCUCUGAAAGCGAUAGAGAUCCGCUGCAGGUAGUGUGAUGUCAUCCAGUUUUACACAGGGUGCUUGCUAUGCAUGUGUAAAUCAGAAAUCAUAAUAUUGCACUUCUAUGCAAUAACCUUCAUUUUGUAAUUGUUACAUUGCAGUUUUCCUACUUGCCAUCAUAAAAAAAUCUAUUUAUAGUUCUUUUUAAAUGUACUGUAAAUGUAUUUAGUUAUCAAAUGGUAAGAAAGUGUUAAGUGUGCUUUUAAAUGUCUAAUAAACAGUAGGAGGUAGAGGGGGAGGGUGUUUUUCCAAGUAGUUUGAUAGCAGGGUGGGAUAGUCAGUCAUAACACCUGUGGCUCCCAUUGAAAACGCAGCUGCCAUGUCACUCUCCUCAUUGCACACAAGCAGCUGCACCUGAGACAGAAAUGAAAAGAUUUUGCUUUGGAUUAGAUUUACGAUUCAUGUGCAACAUUUUUUGCUUUGUGCUACAAAACAUGCUCACCUGUAUACCCCUCUUGACUAAGUGCUCCAACAAAGAUUUCCGCAUAGUCAACCUGAAUAAAGCAUCAGAAAAAGCGA